UGUGAAGAAGGCCGGAGCCAACCACACCCCCAGCCUAUCAACAACUCCACACUGUUCUUAAAUAAGCCCCCCAUUUCUUCCGCGCUCUUAAUCCAUAGGAUCAUCUUCAUCCUCAGCUUCAGUUAUGGCCACCGCAGUCUCCACCAUCGGAGCUGUAAACCGAGUUCCAUUGCAGCUGAGCUUACAUGGCUCCGGCUCCUCCGCUUCAGCCCCAGGCUCUGCUUUCUUUGGCAACAGCUUGAAGAAGGUUAGCCCUAGUGUCAUCCAUGGGAGACUCUCUGCUGGGAGCUUCAAGGUCAUGGCUGCAGAUCUGGACGAGUCGAAGCAGACGAAGACGGACCGGUGGGCUGGACUUGCCUACGAUCAAUCUGAUGACCAGCAGGACAUAACCAGAGGAAAGGGUGCAGUGGACUCCCUCUUCCAAGCUCCCAUGGGAGAUGGAACUCAUAUUGCUGUCAUGAACUCCUACGAAUAUAUCAGCCAAGGUCUUCGUCAGUAUAGUAUGGACAACACCGUGGAUGGUUUUUACAUAGCUCCAGCUUUCAUGGAAAAGCUUGUUGUGCACAUCACUAAGAAUUUCAUGACUUUGCCCAAUAUAAAGGUACCCCUCAUUUUGGGCAUAUGGGGAGGCAAAGGGCAGGGGAAAUCCUUCCAAUGUGAACUUGUUUUUGCUAAGAUGGGGAUCAAUCCAGUGAUGAUGAGCGCCGGCGAACUCGAAAGCGGCAACGCCGGAGAGCCCGCGAAAUUGAUCAGACAAAGAUAUCGCGAGGCUGCCGAUAUCAUUAACAAGGGAAAAAUGUGCUGCCUCUUCAUCAAUGAUCUCGACGCCGGAGCAGGAAGGAUGGGGGGCACCACCCAGUACACCGUCAACAACCAAAUGGUGAACGCCACCCUCAUGAACAUUGCCGAUAACCCGACCAACGUUCAGCUUCCGGGAUUGUACAACAAGCAGGAGAAUCCCAGGGUUCCGAUCAUCGUCACCGGCAACGAUUUCUCCACUCUGUACGCCCCUCUUAUUCGAGACGGCCGAAUGGAGAAAUUCUACUGGGCGCCAACCAGAGAGGACAGAAUUGGUGUCUGCGAUGGCAUUUUCAGAACAGAUAAUGUUCCCAAGCAGGAUAUCGUCAAGCUUGUCGACACUUUCCCGGGCCAGUCCAUUGACUUCUUUGGAGCGCUGAGGGCUCGAAUCUACGACGACGAAGUGAGGAAGUGGAUUGAAGAAGUUGGGGUUGACAAGGUUGGGAAAAGGCUGGUGAAUUCUCGGGAGGGGCCUCCGAAAUUCAAACAGCCGAAGAUGAACUUGGAGAAGCUGCUGGAGUAUGGAAACAUGCUGGUGAAGGAGCAGGAGAAUGUGAAGAGGGUGCAGCUGGCUGACAAGUACUUGAGAGAAGCUGCGCUUGGGGAUGCCAAUGAAGAUGCCCUGAAGACUGGUUCUUUCUAUGGCAAGGGAGCUCAGCAAGUGCAGGUUCCUGUGCCUGAAGGCUGCACCGAUCCGGCGGCGCAGAACUUUGAUCCCACUGCGAGAAGUGAUAAUGGAAGCUGCGCUUACUAGAUCUAGAGUUCUCUACUUGUGAUUUGUGGAAAAGUAGUAGGAUGGAGUGUUUUCUGGUUCAGGGAAAGGGGUCAUUAAUCUGUGUUACUACAUUGUAGUUUUUCUGUAUUUCAUCAUUUGAAGGAUUUUUAUUGUCAUCAAAUGCUAUAUUUAUACAUUAUUAUACAUUAUAUUUGCAG